AACAGUGCCCCCUCGUGGUAAUUCGCCGCCAUUGCAGCGCGUGUGCAUAUCCUGUUUCUCUGACUCAGAGGAUGAUGGCUAUCGGGAGAGGAGGUUAGUGGAGCUGCUCCGCAUAGAUGCUCGCGCCGCUGGACAACAGUACGAGGAAGAGUCCAUUGGACCAACACGGGAGCCUCCAGGCAUAUGUCUGAUGACAUCACACAAGGCAUAGGGCAGCAUAUAAGUUCGUUUAAAACACAAAACGGCGGAUAUCCAAAGAUGGAGGGGUUUGCUGCGGACAUGCUGAGUGGUGGCCGGGCUCUGCUGGGCGAGGACAGCUCAGUGAUGGCGCGCAUGCAGAAGAAGUUCUGGAAGACCAAGCAGGUCCUCAUCAAAGCUACAGGCAAAAAGGAGGACGAGUAUGUGGUGGCUUCAGAUGCCGACCUGGACGCCAAGCUUGAGUUCUUCCGCUCCGUUCAGCUAACGUGCACAGAGCUGCUGAAGGUGAUCGAAAAGUACCAGCACAGAAUCACACGGUUGUCCCAGGAGGAGAACGAGCUCGGCCUGUUCUUGCGUUUCCAGGCUGAACGUGACCGGACUAAGGCCGGGAACAUGAUGGAGGCCACCAGCAAGGCCCUGUGCACCUCUGCCAAGCAGAGGAUGGCGCUUUGCCCACCGUUGCAGCGCAUGUAUCAGGAAGUGGAGACGUUCCGACGGCGCGCCAUAGCCGACACGCUGCUGACGGUCAGCCGGAUGGAGAAGACCCGCACGGAGUACAGGGGAGCGCUGCUUUGGAUGAAAGACGUCUCUCAGGAACUGGACCCGGACACCUACAAACAGCUGGAGAAGUUCCGCAAGGUCCAGUCGCAGGUCAGAGGGACUAAGAGCCAGUUUGAGAAGCUGAAGAAUGACGUGUGUCAGAAGGUGGACAUGCUGGGAGCAAGCCGCUGUAACAUGCUGUCUCACUCCCUCUGCACCUACCAGACCACUCUGCUGCAGUUCUGGGAGAAAACUGCCAACGCCAUGUCAGGAAUCCAUGAGGCCUUCCAAGGGCACAUACCGUACCAGUUCACCACAAUCAAGCAUCUACGGGAUCCACUGGAGGAAAUCUCUGAUUUCCAAAAAGAAGAGAAGGACGAAAAGGCCCGACAGAGCAACACAGACAGCCUGGUGUCCUUGGAUGAUGACAAGCCAGCAGAAAGUGCAUCUAAUUCAGACCUUAAGCUCAGCAGUGAUGGGCAGAGCGAGGCUGGUGAAAAUGCCAUGCACGACCUCAGAGGGCUCUCUGGAGACGCCGGCGACGACCUUAUGCUCAUGGCCUGUGGCAUGCCGCCCCCACCAGGCGCCCCCCUGGUCCCGCCUCCUCCUCAGAUCGGUGACCAGAGCGAGAGCUGGAGCUUUGGACGCUUCGAGCCAAGCCUCCCACAGCUGCCCGCCUCGGGUGACAGUUUGCUCUCAGUCGGUCUGCCGAUCCCAUCAGAACCAGGGCUAAUGCUGGAGGAGGAAGAUGGUGAGCGGAGCGACAUGGCUUUCCUGAAGGACCUCCUCAGCCCGGGCCCAGGGGGCAGCGAUGAGUUCAGCAGAGAGUGGCAGGACGCCUUCGGGGCGUUCGACCCCCCCAGCGUUCCUGCAGCCGGCACCGGACCCACCCGUCCCCCUUCCAACCCACCCAGCCCCACAGGCUUCCUGCCAUCACAGCUGCUGGAUCACAGUUUGAGCUCCUCAGGUUGGGUGACUCCCCCCAUGUUCCAAGCUCCACCCCUGCAGCUGCCCCCUGGUCAGAACCAGGCAGCUCCCCGCUCUCAGCCGGCUGCCGCUAACGCAGCUUCAGGAGGAUCCAAAGACAUGUCUGCGUGGUUCAACCUGUUCGCCGACCUCGACCCGCUUUCCAACCCCGACGCCAUCGGACGCUCUGCUGAUGAGCUGCUCAACGCCUGAACCUCUCGGAGCUGCUUCAAUGUACCUUCACUCUCUCUUUGAAAAAACUAAAAUCUGUAUUACUGCAAAUUUUCAUUCCAUCAUAAUUGAACACAUACACACACUAAUCUCCUUAGAGGCUUGAAACACUGAGCUGAUAAACUCUCAGCUGCUGUAACCGACUUUAAUACCAAGUUAAACACCGAGGCUGCAGUGGUUCGUGUUACCUGAUCAUGACUGCAGCGCCUGGACGUUAGGGAGGAUGUCUGGGCCCCGCCUUUGUUUUGGAUGUUGCUGUGCGCUUUCUGUGUUUGGUUUGUUUGGGCGUGUGUCUGUUUGCUGAGUGUACAUAUCCAGAGAUCCAGAGUGGAUAAAAAAAAAAAAAAAAGCCGCUUUCUGUGGCAUUUCAGUUUUGCUGAAAACGGUUUGUGUGAAGUACCAUAUGAUUGUCACAAAUGAUUCAUAGGUUGGGAUGUGAUAGGUCUGUUUUUCAGAAAUCCUGACCCCAAAAACAACACGCUAAUCCAUCAUUUACAGGCAAAGUGAAACCACUACACUUUCAUUGCAUUUAAACAAAAGUUUAAAGCCAAAAUGUGUAUCUAGUACUUUUUUAAUGUACACUUUCAGCUCUUUAUGGAGUAAAACCAAUAUAACAAGCUGAUGUUUGCUGGGUAGUUUCCAGAAAGCCAAAUUUGUCUUUCAUGUUCUAUAGAAUCGGAGAAAACUGCCAUCGCUUUCUGUGGCGUCUCAUUUAUGGAACGAACAUUUUAGCGAUUUGGAAACUAGUUUUAAAUCAGCCCCUACCUACUUGUACGACUGCAUCAUUUAAGCAGUUUGUGCUUCCUGCUUUGUGCAUGAGCUACUGCCAUGUUUUUCUGUUUGCAGUCGAACUAGUCUGCUCACCUUAUGCCCAAAGAAAAUAAGCAAACUGUACGACAGAACGCCGAGGCAGGUACAGAAAAAUGCAAUCUAACAGCUGAAGUUAACAUUUUUUUUCUCAAGUUAUAACUAAGUUUUUUGGUAAUAAAAUAUGGUUAAAUGACUGAUAAACAAUGAGCACAACUGGAAAGUUAUUGGGUUUUCUCUGGGGUCAUAAAACAUCACAUUUCAUAAGCGUGAACAAACCCAAACUAAGAUCAGAACCAAAAUAAGUGCAAAUAAGUUGAAACUUACAAUUUACAGUAAAUUUUAUGUGAUAUUUGUCUAGAACUGAAGCAGAGUGGAUUGUUCAUGUGUAUGGAUUGGAAGUUGGAACGGAGGAAAUGGUCAAAAGGUGGUUACAAUCCGGCAAAGAGGUGAAUUGACUCAGACCCAGUUUUAGAAAUGGGUAUUCCUAACUUUCAUUUUGGUUUGGAAAGGUUCAAGAUGUCAAAUUUGUGAUUUAGAAAGCUGACCACUGAGCCAGAUAAACAUUUCCAACUGCAGAUGAAAAGACCAAAUCAGAAAGUCAAUAUAUCUCCUGAAAGCUAACACAAGCUUGCUAACAUGACUAUGAAUCAGAGUUGUAACAGUAACUGUCUAGUUCACCGUCAUUAACUUCUGCUAAUUAGAAAUGGAACUGCAUAUUUUGGGGUUCUUGCACACUUAUAGGUCAAUUUUCCAGAUUUUUCCAGAGAUCUGUUCUUUUUAAGCUCCUAUUAGCGCUAUAGCAAAUAUUUCUACUCUGGUCAGUCUUAGAAAAUGAAACCUGGCAGAAACAGAUGGAUGGAUGAGUCAGAAUUGGAUGCCACAGAUGACUUGUAGAUAUACAUAUAUUUUUCAAUACUUUAGUUUUUUAACAUUAACCCACAACUACAAAUUAACUUUGCAAGAGGACUAUUAUUUGGUCAUAAAGUAUUAGUCUGGCAUGUCAUUUCUUUCUCCACAUCCUCUCACAGCUAAACUGGUAAAAGCAGAGCUAACUGAGCCAUUUAAUGGGUUCUUCAUGAUGCAGCGGAUACCAAAUGCCUCGACAUCUGGUUGAGAUUUAGUCAAAUGGUCUGGAGCAAACUUUAAACUGUGAAUUCUCAGACUGAAAUUCAAGGUGUGCAAACUCUAGUGCAACAUCUACAAGCAACAUGGUUGAAAUUCCAUCUACUGAAUCCAUCAUCACAAGUCUAAGGCCAAGAAGAUUUUGCUUGCAAAUACUUAGUGCGUCAUAAUCAUAAUAAUCAGCUGUCUGGGCAUUGUGAGAUACAAAACCAUAAUAAGUAUGAAAUAAAAGUCAAAUAUUGACUAUUUUAGCUUCGUGUGCCGUUCAACACAUAGUAUCUGUGUUUAACUGAAUCAAUCCGAAGGAACUGCUUAACAAAAAGGGAUUCAUCUCCAUGUGUGGAGUUCUGACAACUGAGUGCUUCAGUGUGAUUUAGAGCAAAUUUGUUUCUAAAAGGGAUUUUUAAAUGGAAAAUAAAAAGGGUCCAAAAUGCACCGAAUCCUCAGUUGGGAUAUUUGUUUGCUGACAUUUUUAACAAGCUGCACAUUAAUAUCCCAGCUCACCUACUUAUGUUUCACUUCAUUUACCUUCUAUUGCAACUUUAAAAAAAAAAAAAAGACUAC